CGCCAACUAAUCGGUGGAGAAUAACGUUUAUCCAAAUCAACAACAAUGCAUUAAUAACUCAAAAAUCCCGAGUCAUUUCCUCAUUUCCCUCGCUUAAAUGUUCAGUGAGUUCUUAGGCACUUGAUGAGUAUGGCCUCAACCAGUCCGGACAGCCUCCACCAAUUGGCCUAUGAAGGCGACUUUGAGGCCGUCAAAGUCAAGGUCAUCAUGAACAACAAAGCCUUGACCGAAACGGAUGAAUCGGGCCGGAUUCUACUACAUUGGGCGGCUUCUGGGGGAAGAACCGAGUUGGUCCGAUGGCUCUUGGAGCAUAACUCGCCCGUGGAUCCGCUCGAUGAGUCAAACUGCUGCCUCUCUUCUUAGAUGGACGCCUUUAAUCAUCGCCUGCUCAGCUGGACAUGAAGACGUGGUUCGACUUCUCAUUGGCGCUGGUGCCCAAAUCAAUGCCUGCACCGACCAAGGACGAUCAGGACUAUUAUAUGCUUGUUCCAGGAACAGAGACAAGAUUGUUAAGUUACUCCUAGACGAGCAUGCGGACAUCAAUUUACAAGACAAACUUGGUGCCUCUCCCUUACAUCGAGCUGCUAGUUGCGGUCAUCUCAAGGUUCUUCACGUCAUGUUCGAUUACUCAAAUCAGCUGGAUCUGAACGCCCAGGAUCAGUGCAAGAAUACGCCCCUCCAUUUGGCGUGUGAGGAUGGGCAGGUGGAGGUCAUCAAGAUGCUUGUGGAGGCUGGAGCCAACAAAUUUAUAGAGAACAAAGAGGAGAAGAAACCUUUGGACUUGGCUAAACCUGAAGUGGUACGAAUAGUCCGUGAAUGGUUUGAAUGAAGAUGCCUCCAUUUGAUUUCUUGCUGCGAGAUUAAGCCAAUAAAUGCGAAAUUCUUGUUA